CCUUGUGAACCUAAGAUACAAGAAACUGGAGACAUCAAGUCAGCCGCAGCCGCCGCCGCUAGUGCAUGUGCAAGUACAGAAACAAGAGACGAUAAUGAAAGUAUUGGUAUCAAUAGAUGAGAGUGAAGGGAGUUUGUAUGCUCUCCAAUGGGCCCUUGAACACUUAUAUCUCCCGGAGAUCGAGGGGUCAGCCGCGAUCACGGUCGUUCAUGUCCAGCCUCACACCGCCGUCCCCGCUGGUGCCGUUAUAUUUGCGACACCUGCAGCUUCAGUGAUAGAUUCUGUAAAGAAGGCACAGGAAGAAAGUGCAUCUGAAGUCAUUUCACGUGCCACGAAACUAUGCGAACAACACAUGAUUAAAGCAGAAAUGAUGGUAAUAAGAGGAAACCCAAAGGAAAUGAUAGUCGAUGCUUCAGAGGACAUGAAUGCUGAUCUCCUGGUUGUUGGAAGUAGAGGCCUUGGACAAAUCAAAAGGGCGUUUUUGGGGAGUGUUAGUGACUAUUGUGUGCAUCAUGCUAAAUGUCCGGUUCUGAUAGUACGUCCACCAAAAUCAUCCCCCAAGUAAACCCCUAUGCCAGUGUUUGGUUUUGACUUUGUAGUGUCUAGAAUGCAAUAAAAAAGCCGAAUCAAUGUUUCCACAUUUUAUUACAA